AUGAUUCUCUCUGACUUCAUAUCCAUUAGAGUUGUGUCGUUGAGUGAAGACUUUGUAUUAACGUAUGUUUUACUUCUUCCCUGUCUUCCGAUAGCGUGUUCGUCAGCCUAUGAUGUGAAACAUAAUUCAAGCGAAUACUUCGCGUGUACUAUCGGUUGCAACAAUACUGUCACUACCGUUGGUGCCGAUGCCCUCAACGGCCACGACAUUAGACCAAAAGUGCAAUCCGUUGCCAACGAUGACAACCAAGCGAUCGGCGAUUCCAUCAACGAUAGCGACGCCGAUAAUAGCGAUCAAAUGUUUCUGUCACCCAUUAAUAUGUUUAAAUCGCUGUUCGCAUCGCUGGCCAAUCGGGGCUCAGGACCCGUUGUGAUCGAGCGCUCCUCGAUGUCCGUCUUUUUGAGCCGUAACAGCGAUGGAGAGUCCAAAAUAAUGGUCGUUCAGUCAGAGCCAGAAGUGGUCGUUCAUCAAUACCCAGACCUCAUGCAACAGAGCGGGACGAUCUCCGCAACUGGUCGGCCAAAUCGUGUUGCUUUGAUUACGAGGGUUAAGACACUGGUUCACAAACAUUGUCGUAAAGAUGAGGGCAAACCAGACAUCAGUGAUAAACCGCUGAAAUCCAUUUGCAUCAACAAAAAAGGACAUCCAUUGAGUGAUAGCUUUUGCAACGGUCUGUCCGGUCGGCUACCGAUGGGCGCCGACUGCGACCAUAUCGUUGACAGUCUGGCCAAAGGUAUCAAUCCCUACCCGACGCCCAGUGUUAGUGUCCGUCCGCCACAGCAUUCCGGUCCCAACCAGUCAUCCACUGCCAGACCUAACCCGCAGUCGACCGCAGUUUCCAUCCAAACCAAGACAAACAUGGCUAAGAAGAGCACUGACGCCAAUACCCAACGCGGAACUCCCGAUUCGUAUGGGAAACAAUUGGACCAACUCUUCUCCACGUGUCUACUAUUCACCACAUCUAAUGGAUUCUCUUGUGUCCAAAUGGAGACAUCGAAAUACGACAGCGAAUCAGUGACUGGUAGUGAAGAACACAUAACAACGGAUAACAAUCGGCCAAAACUCGAUGUCUCCAUUUGGACACAAGAGAAUCCAUUAGAUGUGCCGGUUUUGAGCUACAGAGGUAAUCUACACCACUUUAGUAGACACGUGGAGAAGAGUUGGUCCAAUUGUUUCCCAUACGAGUCGGGAGUUCCGCGUUGGGUAUUGGCGUCAGUGCUCUUCUUAGCCAUGUUUGUCUUGGUUUGGAUCUGUUGUGCGACCACUACUACAGCACCCGAACAACAUAUCAGAGCCCGAAAGGUGGGACAGGGAAGUGAUCUCAAGUAUCUCUGUCUCUAUGAAGAACCCGUCAAACUCAUGAUUGACGACAAACUGCCCACUUAUGAAGAACUGGAGGCACAAAAACAAUUCACCGAAUCUAAUGAUAUAAUUAAUAAAAAUACUACCGAUUGUAAAGAGUAGUAUCAAUGAAAUGACAAUUAAGUGAAUAAUUAUUUCUCAAUUUUGGUAUUAAUUUUUUUUUGUAUUAAACCGAUUCAGA